GUGUGGAGCGCGGCGGAGCGAGCUGCAGAGGGCCAGGGCGGAAUUCUCCGGGAGUCGCGCGGCAUACGGAGCCCGAAGCCGGCGGUCGCCUGUUCCUGUGCGCUGGGCGGCAUCCCGGGCAUCCGUAGCCCGGCUCCCGGAAAGCGUGCCUGACCAUGGAGUCUUCGCAUAAAGACGCCGAGACGGCAGCAGCGGCGGCGGCGGUGGCAGCGGCAGACCCCCGGGGGGCGUCCUCGUCGAGCGGGGUGGUGGUUCAGGUCCGCGAGAAGAAGGGCCCUCUGCGCGCCGCCAUCCCCUACAUGCCCUUCCCCGUGGCCGUCAUCUGCCUGUUCCUCAACACUUUCGUGCCGGGACUGGGGACCUUCGUCUCAGCCUUCACUGUGCUGUGUGGGGCCCGCACUGACCUCCCAGACAGGCACGUGUGCUGCGUCUUCUGGCUGAACAUCGCAGCGGCCCUCAUCCAGAUCCUCACAGCCAUCGUCAUGGUGGGCUGGAUCAUGAGCAUCUUCUGGGGCAUGGACAUGGUCAUCCUCGCCAGGUACAAGGAGCAGGGCAUCCCACAGCAGCUGUGAGCCCGCAGGACCCACCAAGGAAGUCCCGGGGCCCUGCAAGGGCUGCACCAGGCAGCUUGUGGCACAAGGACCUUUACAUGUUCUUUUCUGCCGUUUCCUGGAUUCGGGGUGGAAAAGGGGGUAUUUUUAGAAAUAGUAUUUAUUUUGAAAUCGCAUCUGCUUUUCUCAGCAGGCUCUGAGGGCUGCCAGUCCCUCCUCCUGCCCGGGAAAGCAUGGUAGGCUCAGGCACAUGGAGCACUGGGGAGUGGGGCAGAGAUGGGCAUGUCGACAGAGAGGCUGGGAUGCUUCUGCAGGCUCACCUUCACCUGGCAGAGCCCAUUGCCCACUGCAAGGGUACUCCAGAGCUGCAGGGCUGGACUGCAGUGGUCCCUGUCCAGGUGAUCGGGACUUGCUAAGGGGGCGGGACUGUGGAGGACUCUUCCUCUGGGUCCCCACUCCUGCCUCAAGUAUCUGGUGCCCCUAGUGUUUACUCUGUGGUCUUCUGGGGGCAGUGCCAGGGUGCAAUUGAGGAUGGCCAGUUGCCAGUCCAGUGUGGAAAGGUCCACUGUGCUCACAGCUGGCAUUGGGGAGAGCAUGGGUCCCCAUGGAUCUGACCACAUACUCAGUCUCCUUGCCGCUGAUAUGUAAUGGCAGAGUGUGUUUGGUCCAUUAUUUCCCUGGGUGGGAGGGCAGUGGCUCUGUCCCUGGGGUGAAACUGCUGGAAUUGCCAGGCUGAGGUGUGAGUGGGCACGAACUGGCUGCUUUCCUCGUGAUGCUUAAUACCAUUUCUGGUCCACAGUCCUUUUUUUCUGAAAUCCUUGAAGCCAGAUGUGUCUCUGAAUUAGGAAAUUUUGGAUUUGAGAAAGAUGGUAUGAUCUAUUUUCUGCAUAUUUCCUAACACCCUGGCAGAGUCUGGAACAGCCCACCCACCAUCCAGCACAUGAGUAUUUCUGCAGAGAAACAUGUGAAUAGUCAGAUUAAUUGGGAUCAAUAAAAAAUGUAAAUAGCGUUGCCUAUUCAGGUCAGACUAGAUAAGUCCUGGGAGAAAGACUACCACUAGAUAGAUGGCUUUUGGAGUUUCAGAAUUUCAAAGCAAUUUAAGGAGGUGGUGGACCUUCAUCUGAAAAACCCGACUUGCACACAGAUGCACUGGAGGUGAGAUUGUUGGUGCUGCACGGGGACCACAAGGCUCCUUUAAGCCACUUCUGUGUAAUUGAUGGCUGCAGAUUAGAUUUUAGUGGAACCAGGAAUCAAGAGAAGGUGUGCCGACUACUGCCAAUCAAGUACCAGUCUGAAAUUAAGAGAAAGGCGAUCCAGGGGCUGGGGUUGUGGCUCCGUGAUAGAGCGCUUGCCUAGCACGUGUGAGGCCCUGGGUUCGAUCCUCAGCACCACAUAAAGAUAAAAUAAACAAAAUAAAGGUAUUGUAUCCAUCUACAACUAAAAAUAUGCUUAAAAAAAAGAGAAAGGAAAUCCAAAAUUAUGGUGACAGGAUGGAUAUUUACAUGUCUGUUUUCACUCUCUAACACAGGAAGUGAUAACACGUGGGACUGGCCCAACGCUCAGGUUCCAGACCCCUCUGGGCUUUGAGCCAUUGGAUGUGUCCCUGUUUAAGGGACUUUUCUUAUCUAUCAGAGGCUCUGUCAAAACCCUAUCAGGGCUGGAUGAGGAGCCUGGCUACAAUGCAGGAUGCGGGCUCUAGGGAAGCGGCGCCCACUGCUCUGGGGGUCCCAUCCCACCUACCCCCACUAGUGGGCUAUCUAACUACAGUUCUGCCGGGGAGCAGACUUUGGGAUUCCCCACAAACUGAACUGUCCCCUGACCUCUGUGAGGCAUGGGGUCCUGUCCUGCCACUUACUCCUGGCCCCUACUCUGAGGCAAGUUCUCUGCUCCUACUCUGUCCUUCCCACCGUCUGCCUCUUAGUUUUCAUGAGCCUCUUUCAUUGACGCCUGGGGCUGGGCUGCACUUUCUGAGUACCAGGCAGUGUCUCAACGUCUUCCUGGGCCCCCUUCUUCCUGAUCUCAACCCCAACUUUUAUUGCUUUUCUCCUAUUUGGAACCUUCUGUGACUUCAGUCGUGGGAUCAGAUUUGGUUCUACCCAAAUAGCCAGAGGCUGGCAGCCCGCUGCUCUACAGGAAGGUGCAUCAGAGAACAGGGACACCCCUCAAAUGAGAGAAAACAACAUCAGCAGAGGUCCCAGCCACCCCCUCCCACAACCCACCAACCCACAGCCCUUCAUCCCCAACAGUCCCCCCAAAUUGCCUGACUCUCCCUGAGUGCUGACAAGUCUUGGGAGGGGGCUGCCCCCACAAGUGAGAGAGCAGGAGCUUAUUUUCCUGGCUGGGGCUGGGGGUGGUUGCUGAAGGAGUAGAGGAGAGGUAGCAAUUUGUGUUGGGUGUUUAGUGACACGAUCCAGACGCAGGUGGGUUAUUCUUGAGUGGCAGGUGUCACCGUGUGUGGGAUGGCUUAAUACAGGGGUUUGUGAGCUUGGCAGGCUACCUCCUCCCCACUCGCACCGUCCUCUCAUCUGAGGGCUGCAUCUCUGCAUUUGGGAACACAUCAGGCCAGGAGGAAGCAGCCACUCUCCAGGUAAAGGAUGUGUGGGAGAAGGCAGGGGUGGCCAUGUGGGUGGGAACAGCUGAGAAUAGAGGCCCUCUGAAUUAGACCAUGGUCAUAGCAUUGUCAGGAGAUAAGGACAGUGGCCAGUUUACUCCAAGUCAUCCAAAAUGGCCAUUUGGAUGGUCAGAGUUCAUUGAUUAAGCAAAAUGGAAAGAAGGGUCCUUGCGCCAAUGAGUGCUUGACUGACACACAGCCCUUUGGUGACACAAAUUGGAGCUUUGCCUGGAUGGUAUGGCAUAAGGCUGAUGGUUCAGGAGUGGCAAGACACGUUUCAGAGUUCGGCAGGAUGCUCCCUGGCUGGAGGGUGUGGGGCAAGAGUCACAGGCUUGUAAAUAAGACCCUCCAAGGACCUAGUUGUGACACUGUGAUCAGGGUGGCCAUUUCCCUUUGGCCAGAGUGGGACCCUGGAGCAAGACUGAGGUACCUGGCACCCUGGGUAUGUCCCAAGGACAGUAGCAACUGUCAAGCCAGGACCCCAUGGGUAUAGCAGAGGCAGUACAGUACCCCUGUACUGGUCCUGGCACCCCUGGGGCCUGCUGUGCUGCUGGGCCCCAGCCCCAGCCCCAGCCCGACAAGCCGCUGGCCUUUCCUUGGCCAAGUCUCUUUGAAGGAACAGAAGGAAGGGACAUGCAGCAUGGUUUCCCUCCCAGACCCCUGUGCCCAGCUCCAGUGAACAGCCUCCACAUGAGGGACCCUCACCCAGCAUUUUUAUCUCCUGUCACCCUUCUCAACAGCCUGGGAGGGGAGAUCCUUGUGCUGAGUUUUCAAAUGUCAAAGUGAGGCCUCAAGAGAGUAAGUUCCAUGUCCCCAGAUGUAUGGCUCAUGUGGCAGAGGUAGAGAGUGGCCAGGUCUGGCUCCUCCUACAACCAGAGCAAAAGAACUCCUGGCAGCCCAGCCCCGGAGGAGGAAGGGAUUGCAGGGGGCCUGGGAAGGGCCCUCUCAGAAGUAUAAGGCAUAACAAAUAGAAAGUAACCUUCCGGGAAGAAACCACAGGGCCUCCACCCUGCCCCACGUGCUGCCUGUUCUCACCAUUUUGAGUAGCCUUCAAGCCUACGCUCCCUUGCUGGGGUCAGGUCCAGAGGGAUGCCCCUUAUGGAAAGAUAAGAUGACAGUGGUCAGGGAGAGAGCGAGAGCUGGUAUUGGGAGUUAACUGACCUUAACUCAAAAGACCACUCCUUUCCCAUCUGGGGGGUUCCAGCCAUUCAGACACAUGAUGGAGAGUUGGGGUGAAUUCAGCCUCAUGCAGGAUGCUGUGGGCUGAGGAGCACUGGGGAGAACUCCCAGGGAAUCUACAGAGCUACAGUCUCCCCGGGAAGGAAAAGGGGCCUAGAUGUCCAAAUCAACCACACUCCAAACACGGAGCCCAAGGCCAGCACACAGUGGGGCGGAAACCCCAGGACCAGGACAACGGCCCUCCAGAGCCCUGAUGUUCCUGAUGGGGAAGGUACAGCUGAAUGACAAUGAGCCUCCUGCACCAGCUCGGCUUUUGAAAACACAAACCUAAAACCCCACUCUCAAACUUUUUCUUUAGCUAACCCCUUCCCUGGGGUGAGUUUGCAGGGGUUCGCUUCAGUUUGGUCUGGACACAGAGUCCGGCCUCCUCAGGGCCCCAUCCUGGCUCCCAGGCCCCCCGCUCAGGUUUUCAUACUCUGGGUCUGUUUUUUUACUGUGUUAAUGAUAUUGGCAAAGAAAGCUUGGAACAUUGUGUAAACUGCUUGGGGAUGGAUAAUUGAAACGUACAUUCUGACUUAGUGGUUGGAGACAUUAUUUACAGUUAUUAUUAGUCCCUCUUUCUGGCACUGUGUGGAGGGCUCUCCUCAGAGGGACUGGAGCUGGGGAGCCUUUGAAAGCCCCCUCCCCCGCCAGCCAGUUCUCCCUGGCUUUGCAUGUGGUUGGGGGCCUCAGGCUUGGGAACAGUUAGAAGUUGUUGCUGCCAGCCUGCUGCCCACCUCCCCACCCCUGGACAGAAGUGGGCCUGAGGCUGAAGCAACAUGCCACCUCCUCCCUAGGGCUCAGUAGAAGCCAUUUGCUGGCCUCAGGAAGUCCACCAUGGGCCACCUCGGCUCUCAGUCAGCAAGCACUCUGGCAGAUCCUGCUGGUUCAAAAGAUGCCCUCACCUCCACAUGCCUGCUGACCCUAGUCCCCACAGGGGACAGCAGGGUGUAGGGGACACCUUGUUCAAAGAACACACUGCCCCUUCUCCUUCCAGAGCACUCUAAGCACUGGUGUAGGGGAUGAGGAGGUCAUCUUGGCCAAGGAAAUUGACAGUGGUCCUUUUGGAUCAGCUAGGUUCUGAAAUAAUAAUUUAAUUAAAAAGGUCAACCUGAGCAGGUGCGUGAGAGGCUCAGGGCUGUGUUUUUCCUGAGCUUUCUCCCCACUGAAUUCUUAGAGCUCCUGAAUGUUCAUGCUCAGAGCAUAACCCACCCCAAUUCUCCGGACAUGCAGAGACCAGAUGAAUCCUAACCAGAGUGAAGCCAAAUGCCCCCCCAUCCUCCCGGGAGGGGGCUCUGGCCCCAGCACUGUUAGGGCUGCCCGCCUCUCGCCACCCGCUUCAUGCCACAGUUGAAGGAACCAUUCAUAGACUGGGAACCAAAUGGGACCUGGGAAGCCAUCAUUUUUCCUAUUUCUGUCAAAGCAAAGGGCUCUGAGGGCCCAGCCCCACUGGGGCUCUUGCAAGGCCUCGCCUUCUGACUCAAAGUACUGGCAGUCCUAGAGUGGAGAGAGCCACAACUCUGGCAGAACAGAAACACUGUUCUGAAAUUCCACAGUCCCCUCCCAAUGCUGUCAGAGGGCAGAGAGACCCAACUUGUAUGUGUCUUGAGUUUCUGGAACAAGUCAAAAGUCCCUUGAUUCAGAUUUAGCUGGGAAACCUGGGUCCCCAAAUCCCUCCAUGUUCUUCUGCCUGGGUUUGCCAAAAUGCCAACUAGCCGGGCUGGUCUGGACUCCACAUUCCACCACCUGCCCUGUUGUGUAUUUUCACCUCAGAAGGGCAGAGGUAUGGACACACGUGCACACACCCACACUCCAGCCCCUGGACAAUGGGUGAAGCAGGGCAGGGUCUGCCUGGGGACCUAGGAUAGGACUUAUCUCCACUGGCCCCCAUACCCUGUUCCAGGGUGGUCUCUGGCUGAUGGUUCCAUACACCCUCACCAUGCACAACCUUUACACAUAGGCAUACAUUGUUUUCUUUCUCUCCAGGGCCUCUGACCUGUGGAUCUCUUCUUCUUGGGGCCCAGGGGCUCAGCACCAACCCCAACUCCACCAAUCCUGCCUGUGCUUGUCCACCACAUCCCUUGCUUGGCCUUCUGGGGGAGGGAUGGGUGGGGGGCCUGCCCAGAGAAGAGUGUCCUCUUUCUGGGGUUCCUCUGAGGAUACAGAUAAUUUUCUCUUCUGAGACCCCUCUCUGUUCCUACAACACACCCACCUGUCCCAGCAUAGGAUCCAGAGAGGAAAGAAGGAAGACGUAUAUUUCAAGCAGGGAGAAGGGGUGAUGGGGGCUCUGUGGGCACCUGUGUGACUGGCCCUUGUCAUGGGCUCUUAAGCCAUGCUGUUGAACAUGGCACCAUUUUUAAAAACAACACAUGUAAAAAAUAAGACCAAUGCUUCUGUGUGUAUCUGCUGAACAUAGGUAUGGAUGAGUGUUGUGUUGUGAACUGCAGUAUUUUGAUACCGUGACUCUGUUUGGGUCUCUCUUCUUUUUGUUAAUUUAAUUGCUGUACAUUUUUGUCACCCUCAGACAAAUUCACUCUGAUCUCCUGGAGCUUUCUUAUCCCACUUCCACCCAGACCCCCAGGGAGCCCCCUGACCCCACCGCAAUCCAGCCGAGGGAGCAUUCCCAGCCCAUUCCAAAGACUGGAACCUUUCUUGUAAGAAAGAUUCUAAUGUUGGGGACCUGGGGAAGCUUCCAGCCUGGGGCCCAGCCUGCCUGCGGUUUAGCUUGCUCAGCACCCUUGGGCUUGAGACCUGCCGGCUGUCUAUCAGGGGUCUCCACAGCGCCCUCUAGAUGUCAAAGAGGGUUCCAGUUUCUCCAGCCUUCAGCCACCUUUGAACUCCUUUACUCAAACAGCAUUGCUGUCGGUGUAACAAAAAAAUCCCAUGUAGACAUUAAAACCCGUGUACAUAUCUCCAUGUACAUAUUUAUACGUACACAUGUGUUCCUAUUAUAAAUAUAUAAAGCAUGGCAUCUCCUUGGCAUUCCA